AUGGAAGUGCAACAUGAUUUAUAUUUCAAUCAAGCUUCAAUAGUGGCAGAAGCAUGUGUUCAAUGCUUCAAAAUAAGGAAUACGACAAGGAGAGUGACCAUAGGAGAUGUCCAAGGAGUGCAUGAUGAGGGUGUUUCCUUAUGGAAAACAAUCUUUAGCCAGCAAAAGGAAGUCGAAGAAGAAAUAGAAAAGGGAACUAUACAAGACCAAGGUGUAGAUGCCCUUGACAAAGGGAAAGGUAAUGUUGUGUCAGAUAUUUCUAAUCUGAAAAGGGAUGUUGAGCAACCGAACAAACACAAAUCAACUGUUGAAAGUUUUGAUAUUGAUGUUACACUGGUAAAGGGAGCCGAUAAAACUAAGCAUCCUGGUGAAGAUAAAGUUAUAGUUGAAGAUAUACCUUAUGAAGAUAAACCUCAUAGAACUUUGGUAACAAUAAACCCUACUGACAAUGAACCUCUUUUGUCAGAAAAAGGUGCAGAGGAAGGAAAUCCAAAGGUGAAAAAUUCAUCAAUACCACCUAUUGAAGAAUCGGAGAAGAAGGAAACCAAGGAGAAGGAACAAAAAGAAAUGGAAGUAGAAAAGAAAGAGGAAGAGAUGAAGGAAAUAGAGGAGACCAAGGAAUCAAAAUACGAAAGAAGAAAGAGGAUUUUUCAUCCAGUCAACCUAAAGAUGGCAAGAAAAUAG